CUCACACCGCCGCAUGCAGGAGAGUAGGGCCGAGGACGCCUCGCCGCCCUGCCCGUUGCUUUUCGGCCUCUCUCGGCGAUGAUGUCGCGCUGAUUCUGCAUGGCCCGUUUACUGCUCGCCGCGGCUCUCGCCACUACGCAAUCCAGCGCGCUACGCCUUGUCGCAAGGACCGCUGCUCCGCUCGCCAGCUCAGCGCGGCACGGAGAGGUCACCGUCAUCCCCGGCCUCUCGGCGGUAGCAGAUCGGUACGACGCAAUCCUCCUCGACCAGUUCGGCGUCCUGCACAACGGCGCCGAAGCACUUCCGGGAGCGGUGGACUGCUACGACCGGCUCUCCGCCGCAGGAGUCCAGAUGGCCGUCCUCUCCAACACCUCUCGGCGGCGUGCCCACGCCCUGUCGAAGCUGCCCACGCUGGGCUUUGACGCCGCGAAGCUGGCUGACUUUGUGUGCUCCGGAGAGCAGGCCCGUGAGCACCUCGCGUCGCGCGCAGGGCAGCGCAUGCUUUGGAUUGGGUGGGAUGAGCAGUUCCAGGCGUGGGACCCGCACUACCUCGACGGCCUCGACUUGCGCCUCGCCGACGCCGCCACCGCAGACUUUGUCUUCCUGCAGGGCUCUCAGACGCUCCGCGACGGCUCGCGCGCCACCCCGACCGAGGCGAGACAGCUCUCUCGGACGCACGCCUCAACGCACCGGAGAGGGGUGAUGCGCACGGGAGCGCCCAACGACGCGCUGGCGGCCGCUCUCCGCACCUGCGCGGCGCGAGGGCUGCCGAUGGCGCUCGGCGGCUCGGUGCUCUAUUACGGCAAGCCUCACCCCGCGGCGUUCGAGGCCGCCCUCGCCAGCCUUGGCGUGCCGCCCUCGCGCGUGCUGCACGUCGGCGACUCGCUGCUGCACGACGUGGCCGGCGCCCGUGCGGCAGGCGUCGACUCCCUCUUCGUGGCGGGCGGGAUUCAUGCGGAGGCCCUCGGCGUCGUCCCUGACGGAGGCGGCGGCGGCGGGGCGUCGCCGCUGCGAGCCGCGGCGCUUGAGGCCUUGUUUCACGACUUUGGAGUCUGGCCUACGAUGAGCGCGCCGGCGUUUGUGUGGCAGUAGCGGCAGAGAUAUGUCAGUGCUUGCCCAUCAUCUCAGGGAGAUGUUACAGUCUUUACAACGAUCCAUACACGAUA